CCUGCUCUGGAAUGGGUAUCAAAAGCUCCUGGGUUCCAUUAAAACACAAUCUAGCGCCGUAGAGAGAGAAAAAAGUGAGAAUGUGACUAUUGUUAAGAGACAGCAACAACGUCUAAGUGAUUUUAUUGCUCGAAGUGACAGUUCAUGGUACUAAGGCGUGCGUCAAGUGCAUGCGCGUAAUGCAGCUUUAGGUGCGUUCCAUCCGCGAUGCGCGCGUCUGUUUCGUCAAUUCUUGGUUUAGGACACGCGGGGGUGUGGCGACGCGCUCCGUCCCGGUAAGGGGAGGAGAGAACGGGCGGCAGAGGCGGUACUUUCCCCGCGGUUGGUUUCGCGCUAUCGGAGAGUGUGCGGGACCAGGGCUGGAAACACCUGCCCGGGGAAGCAUCAAGCCAAGAAAGCAGUCCAGUCCAGCACGGAGCCUCGCCCGCCUGGCAGACCUGCUGCGCCCGUGCGCUCUUCUUUCGGAGGGGAGCUGCACCGCAUUCCUGUGAACUAUAACUGCUUUGAAUGGCAUGUGGCUUGUAACUUUACUUCUGCUGUAUUCUUUGCAAGAAGUCAACAGUGAGGAUGUUGUCUCUACGCGGCUGUACUUUGUGAACGCCUCCCUGCAGCGGGUGACCUUUUCCAGCUCCGUGGGGGUGUCCCUGCCCUGCCCUGCGGGCGGCGCCCCCCAUGCCGUCCUGCGCUGGUACCUGGCCGCCGGAGACGACAUUUACGACGUUCCCCACAUCCGCCACGUGCACGCCAACGGCACCCUCCAGCUAUACCCCUUCUCUCCGUCCGCCUAUAACAGCAUCAUCCACGACAACGAGUACUUCUGCACCGCUGAGAACCAGGCGGGAAAAAUCCGGAGCCCCAGCAUUCACAUCAAAUCAGUGUUCCGGGAGCCAUACACGGUCCGUGUGGCUGACCAGCGCUCCAUGCGAGGUAAUGUUGCUGUGUUCAAGUGCCUCAUCCCCUCUGCUGUCCAAGAGUACGUCAGCGUGGUAUCCUGGGAGAAAGACACGGUGUCCAUUGUCCCAGGUAACCGUUUCUUCUUGACCUCAUUUGGAGCUCUGUAUAUCUCAGCGGUGCAGAAGGAAGAUGCUCUGUCCACCUAUCGCUGUAUCACAAAGCACAAGUACAGUGGUGAAACUCGGCAGAGCAAUGGAGCCAGGCUCUCCGUUAUGGACCCUACGGAGUCCACCCCGUCAGUGCUGGACAGUUUCCUGUCCGGUGAGGUGAAGGUUGGGCAAAGUGUGGAGCUGCCCUGCAUCGCAUCCGGCUACCCGAACCCCACAAUCAGAUGGUUAAAGGAUGGGCGGCCGCUGCCGGCAGACUCCCGCUGGACACGCCGCAUCACUGGCCUCACGAUUUCGGACUUGAGGCUGGAAGACAGCGGUAACUACAUCUGCGAGGUCACCAACAGCUUCGGCUCUAAGGAGGUGACGGGUCACCUUAACAUCAUAGAGCCUCUACGGGUCACCUUGUCCCCCAAGAACCUCAAGACGGGCAUCAGCAGCACAGUCAUCCUGUCUUGCGCCGUCCAGGGUUCUCCUCACUAUUCCGUGUCGUGGUACCGCAACACAGAACCCGUCCUGCCUGACCAGCACUUCUCCAUCCAAGGCGGUCACAACGAGACUUUGUUCAUUUCGGCGGCGCAGAAAAGACACUCGGGAGCUUACCAGUGCUUUGCCACGCGCAAGGCACAGACUGCUCAAGACUUCUCCAUCAUACUGCUGGAAGAUGGUACCCCACGUAUUGUGGCCUCCUUCAGUGAGAAGGUGGUCGUCCCGGGCGAGCCGUUUUCGCUGAUGUGCACCGCCAAAGGAGCGCCUCCGCCGACCAUCACCUGGACCCUGGACGAUGAGCCGGUGGCCCGCGACCUGUCCCGCGUGCGAGCCAGUCAGUACACGCACUCCGACGGGAGCACCGUGAGCUACGUCAACGUCAGCAACCCCCAGAUUCGCGACGGAGGAUUGUAUCGGUGCGCCGCACGAAACUCGGCCGGUAGCGCCGAGUACCAAGCGCGCAUAAACGUAAGAGGCAAUCCAAGGAUUCGACCGAUGAAGAACAUCACGGCCGUGGCAGGGCGCAGCUCUUUUGUAAACUGCAGAGUGAUCGGCUACCCAUAUUACUCCAUCAACUGGUACAAGGAGGGGCUUCUGCUACCUGACAACCAUCGUCAGGUGGUGUUUGAAAACGGUACCCUGAAGCUUACUGAUGUCCAGAAGGGGAUGGACGAGGGGGCGUACAUCUGUAGUGUGCUCAUACAACUGCAGCUGUUCAUCAAGCAGACUGUAUACGUCACAGUCAAAGUUCCUCCGUUGAUCCAGCCAUUUGACUUUCCGCCGACCUCCAUCGGCAAGCUGAUGUACAUCGCUUGCGUGGUGGCGUCCGGAGAUAUGCCCAUCCGCAUCACGUGGCGCAAGGACGGCCAGGAGAUCGUGCCUUCGUCGGGCAUCACCAUUGACACCAAGGAGUUCAUGAGCUCCCUGCAGAUCUCAAAGGUGUCACUGAAGCACAACGGCAACUACACCUGCAUCGCCAGCAACGAUGCCGCCACUGUGAGCACGGAGAGGCAGCUCACUGUCACAGUGCCUCCUCGCUUUGUGGUGCAGCCCAACAACCAAGACGGAAUCUACGGGAAAUCGGGUAUCCUAAACUGCUCAGUUGAUGGAUACCCACCUCCCAAGGUCAUGUGGAAGCACGGCAAAAGUGCACUAGCGGGUAUUGGGAACCCACAGCAGUACCACCCCGUGCCUCUGACGGGCCGAAUACAGAUCAUGAACAACGGCUCGCUGCUCAUCCGCCACGUCCUGGAGGAGGAUCGUGGCUUUUACCUGUGUCAGGCCUCCAACGGGGUGGGCUCCGACAUCAGCAAGAGCAUGGCGCUCACUGUUAAGAUCCCAGCCAUGAUCACAAGUCACCCCAACACCACUAUGGCCAAGAAGGGUCAUGUUAAGGAGCUGAACUGCACAGCCAGGGGAGAAUGGCCCAUCAUCAUUCGCUGGGAGAGAGGCGACACGGUCAUUGACCCUGACCGCAAUCCCCGCUACUCUAUUACCACCAGCCCCAACGAGAAGACAGACGAGGUGUUGUCUACUCUCAAGCUAAAACCAGCAGAGCGGGAAGACUCCGUCUUCUUCUCCUGUCAUGCCAUCAACUCGUACGGCGAAGGACGAGGCCUCAUUCAGCUCACCGUGCAAGAGCCCCCAGACCCUCCAGAGCUGGAGGUGAGGGAAGUGAAAGACCGCAGUAUGAACCUGCGAUGGACGCAGAGGUUCGACGGGAACAGCGUCAUCGCCUCCUAUGACAUUGAGUAUAAGAACAAGACGGAUACCUGGGAGCUGAAGCAUGCCACUCGAAACAUUUCCCCCACGAACAAUCAGGCCAACAUUGUGGACCUUCACCCGGCCUCCGUCUACAGCAUCCGCAUGUAUUCCUACAACGCCAUUGGCAAGAGCGAGGCCAGUAAGGAGCUGACCAUCAGCACCGAGGAAGCUCAGCCUGAUGGUCCCCCGAUGGACGUGAUCCUGCAGCCGGUGACUUCCCAGAGUAUCAGGGUUACUUGGAAGGCUCCCAGGAAGGAGCUGCAAAACGGAGUGAUCCGAGGUUACCAGAUCGGUUACAGAGAGAACGGCCCGGGCAGCAACGGCCAAUACAGCAUUGUGGAGAUGAAGGCCACCGGAGACAGUGAGGUGUACACGCUGGACAACCUCAAGAAGUUCGCCCAGUACGGCGUGGUGGUUCAGGCCUUCAACAGAGCUGGCACCGGGCCCUCCAGCUCUGAGAUCAAUGCGACUACACUCGAAGAUGUUCCCAGCCAACCUCCUCAGAAUGUGCGCGCCAUCUCUGUCACAUCGGACGAGGCCGUCAUCUCUUGGGCCGAACCCCCCAGGAUGACCCUGCACGGCGUUCUGAAGGGCUACCGCGUCAUCUUUUGGGCCGUCUUCCAAGACGGAGAAUGGGGUGAAAUGCAGAACAUCACCACAACUAAGGAGCAGGUGGAGCUCAGGAGUCUGGAGAAGUUCACCAACUACAGCAUCCAGGUGCUGGCCUACACACAAGCUGGCGAUGGCGUGCGCAGCAAUGUCCUGUACAUCCAGACCCGUGAAGACUACCCCGGGCCCCCAGCUGGCAUCAAAGCCGUGCCCUCCUCCGCCAGCAGUGUUGUGGUAUCCUGGUUGCCCCCUCAUAAACCAAAUGGUAUCAUCCGAAAGUACACCAUCUACUGCUUGAGCCCCGGAUCAGGCCAACCGAUGCCCAGUGAGUAUGAAGCCAACCCGGAGCUCGUCUUCUACCGCAUAAGCCACCUCAACCACAGGCAGCAAUACUUGAUCUGGGCUGCAGCCGUCACCACUGCAGGACGCGGAAACUUCAGCGACAAGGUCACCGUUGAGCCCGCCGCCAAGGCCCCUGCUAAGAUCCUAUCAUUUGGGGGUACGGUGACCACUCCAUGGAUGAAAGAGGUACGGCUGCCUUGCAACUCCGUAGGCGAACCAACACCAACCAUAAAAUGGACCAAAGACAGUGAGAACACAGCCAUCCCGGUGUCUCUGGAUGGACAACGUCUGAUCAUGGCGAAUGGCACGCUGGUGCUGCGCACUGUCAAAGCUGAAGAUUCUGGCUACUACACCUGCACGGCCACCAACACGCUGGGCUUUGACACCAUCAUCGUCAAUCUUUUAGUGCAAGUUCCCCCAGAUCAGCCUCGGCUCACUGUGUCCACUACCUCCACUUCCUCCAUCACUCUGGCCUGGAUACCAGGAGAUAACGGCGGAAGCUCUAUUCGAGGUUUUGUGCUGCAGUACUCUGUGGACAACACAGAGGAGUGGAAAGAUGUGUUCAUCAGCUCCACCGAGCGCUCCUUUAAAUUGGACAACCUACGCUGCGGCACCUGGUACAAAGUCAAGCUGGCGGCAAAGAACAGCGUCGGAGCGGGACGCAUCAGCGAAAUCAUUGAGGCCAAGACCCAUGGCCGAGAGCCCCAGUUCAACAAGGACCAACCCGUUUUCACUCACAUUAACUCCAGUCACGCCCGCCUCAAUCUGCAAGGCUGGGCCAGCGGCGGCUGUCCGAUUGAUGCUGUGACACUCGAGUUUCGCCCGAAAGGUACGUGGGCAUGGCAGAAUGUGCGCACCAAUGCCAGCAAAGAAGUGUUCCUGGCUGAGCUGCGAGAAGCCACCUGGUACGAGCUGAAGAUGAAAGCCUGUAACAGUGCCGGCUGUGGCAACCAGAGCUCCCAGUUUGCAACGCUGGAUUACGACGGCAGCACAAUUCCCCCCAUCAAGUCCCCCUUGGAAAAGAACGACGACGUCAAGAAACUGUUUUCUAUCGGCUGUCCAGUGAUCCUGGUCACUCUUGGCGUGGCGCUCCUCUUCAUCGUCCGCAAGAAGCGUAAAGAAAAGAGGCUGAAGCGACUGCGAGAUGCCAAAAGCCUGGCAGAGAUGCUGAUCAGUAAAAACAACCGAAGCUUUGACACCCCGGUGAAGGGGCCGCCUCAGGGCCCGCGCUUGCACAUCGACAUCCCGAGAGUGCAGCUGCUGAUCGAAGACAAAGAGGGCAUCAAGCAGAUCGGCGAAGACAAGGCCACCAUACCUGUGACCGACACGGAGUUCAAUCAGACCGGGAACCCGCAAAGCUUCUGCGCAGGUGUGUCCGUUCACCACCCUGCUCUCAUCCAGAACACUGGUCCUUUGAUUGACAUGUCAGACAUCAGACCAGGAACCAAUCCGGUUUCCAGGAAGAGCGUCAAAUCCGCCCACAGCAUCAGGAACCGCUACUCCAGUCAGUGGACUCUGACUAAGUGUCAGGCUUCCACGCCGGCCCGCGUUCUCGCCUCGGACUGGCGCACGGUCAGCUCGCAACACGGUAUCACCGUCACUGAGAGCGACAGCUACAGUGCCAGCCUCUCGCAGGACACAGAUAAGGGUCGUAACAGCAUGGUGUCGACGGAGAGCGCCUCGUCCACCUACGAGGAGUUGGCCAGGGCGUACGAGCACGCCAAGCUGGAGGAGCACCUGCAGCACGCCAAAUUCGAGAUCACCGAGUGCUUCAUCUCCGACAGCUCGUCCGACCAGAUGACCACAGGCACCAACGACAACGCCGACAGCAUGACGUCCAUGAGCACGCCAUCAGAGCCCGGCAUCUGCCGCUUCACCGCCUCGCCGCCCAAGCCCCAGGACUAUGAUCGCGGCAAGAAUGUAGCCGUGCCCAUCCCGCACCGCGCCAAGAGUGACUACUGCAACAUCCCCCUCUACAUGAAGUCAGACCCCUUCUUCCGAAAGCAGUCCGACCAUCAUGACCCAUGUCCAGUGGUCCCCCCGCGCGAAGCCUCCAUCCGCGGCCUGGCCCAGCGUACGUACCACACCCAGGGCCGUCAUAUGACUAUGGACUCCACAAAGCAGCAGGCCCUAACCAUGGGCCACUCUGGCCUGUCCAACCUCACGUCUUCCGGGACGUCUGCCGGAGGAGCUUCUGGAGGUGGAGGCAUGUCCGCCAGCUCUAGCUGCUCCACCCUUCCCCAGAGGACUGUCACCAUGCCGGGCUCCUCGGCCACGGGGGCCCAGAGCGCCGCUGCGGCGGCGGCGGCAGCUACCGCCGCCGCUGCCCCCGGGUCGUCAUCAUCCUCCGGUGGGGCUGUGGGGGCCACAGGAGGCACACCUGGUGGUGCCUCCUCCUCCUCUUCCUCUAAGAUGGGAGGUUCCAGAGACCCUCUUUUAGAGAGCAGCUCAUCAGGCCUAGGCAGACUACAGAAGCAGAGGGAUGGGGGCGCCGGGGCCUACUCUAAGUCGUACACACUGGUGUAGCCUGACAUUGUGGCGGCUAACUAAAAAGAUUAGCGGUCAAAUGUGGGGUGAAGAAAACACCAACCCCCACCCCGGCUCCUCACCCGUAGGUGCCUGUGCUAUGCCGGGUCGAAAGGGGCUGCUGGGACUCCCAUGAACACUGCAGUAUGGAGGAGUUGGGCGGUCUCCACAGCACAGUGGGUUGCCUUUCUUUCGGCCUGUUUGUGUUUCUCACGCAUCUCUUUAAGACACCACUUGUCAAAACGUAUCAUUUAUUUGUCGGCUUUGAUCCCCGCUCAUUGACCCCCCCAACGUAUGCACAAAAUCCUCUUCAUGGGCUGAAAGAGGUGGUUGCUUGAAUUUCAUGCCGGUUAUGUUUUAGGUGCAAAGGAACUCUUAUCACGGCAUUGCACCACAGCGGGAUGCUUUUACUGUUAUGCAUUAGCCACCCGAUUUGAUGCCGAUUGCGCCAUGAAAUGUCUUUUGCAUACAUGUAUCCUGGAACCUACAAGAAACCUGCCAGCGAGGGAAUACUCAUUCCUGGCGAUUACAAAUCCCUGAAAUAUAAUCUCACAUGUGCAGAUUCUCAAACCUACGCUGUGCGCGCGUGUGGGUGUGUAUGUGUAAAUAUAUACGGUACAUGUGCACGUGUGGCAGGCACACAGCAACGGCGGACCUUUUUCAAAGUCAAUCUGUAUGCUGAAGCGUCCAAACACUAAAACCCACAGUCCAUUUUGUAUUGAGGAAGCUGCAUUUUGAAUUUAUUUUUUAAUGAUGAUAUUGUUUGCAAUUGAAAGAAAGGCAAGGGUUAACGAGUAACUCGUAUGAUUCAUCAAGGAGCUACAAUCAUUUGUCAGUGCUGUGGUUAAGGAAUCCUUUCGUUCACAUCCCCUGACGUCAUAUCCAUACAGGCUCACUGUGCUUCGAAAAUAUGUAGAGCAGACAGACAACUGGGCUGUGUUCCCAAAUCGCUCCCUUUUUAAUCAGCUCACCAUUUUGUAGUGCUGUCAAAUACGUAGUGAGUUUAGAUUAUCCCGUUAAACAGUGUUUCCCGACCCCUCAUUAAGCCAAGAUGCAUAAAACCUCAAGAUACAGCACCAAACAAAAUGAUGACAAAAAUGAGUGCUCGAGUUUAUUUCAAAGCCCAAUUCCAAAGACGUUGGGAUGUUGUGUAAAACAGAAACCAGAACUGAAUACAAUGCCCUAUAGUGAAUUGAGUACUUAACAAAGACAGAUAUUUCUCUUAAAAAACUGAUCAACUUGAUUGUUUUGUUUUUCCGUAACAUCCGCUUAUUUUACAUUUGACGCCUGCAACAUGUUCCAAAAUAGCAGGGACAGGGUUCCUUUACCAGUGUUACAUCGCCUUUCCUUUUAACAACACCCAAUAAGUCAGUGGGAACUGACCAUGCUCAAUAUUGAGGCUUUGUCGGCGGAAUUCUUUCCAAUUCUUGCUUGAUGUGCAACAACUUCAUUUGCCCAACUGUCCACGGUCUCUUUUGUUGCGUUUUACGCUUCAUAUUGUCACACCCAUUUCCAAUGGGAGACAGGUCUUGACUGCCGGCAGGCCAGUCUAGUGCUAACACUCAUUGACUAUGAAGCCGCACUGUUUCUAACACGUGCGGAAUGUGGUUUGGCAUAGACUUUUCUGAAGUAAGUGCUGACAUCCCUGAACAAGAUGUUGCUUGAAUGCUAGCAUAAUAUUGCUUCAAAACCUCAAUGUGUACCUUUACACAGCAUUAAUGAUAUUUUCACAAGUAUGUAAGUUACCCAUGCCAUGGGCACUAUCACAGAUCCUGGCUUUUGAACAUUCUGCUGAUGUAAAUCUCAUUGGUCCUUUUCCUCUUUGAUCUGGAGGGCACAACCAUAAUUUCGAGAACAAAAAAAAAAUUGGCAGACCACAACCAGCUUUUCCAAACAGGUGUUUUUUUUUUAAAUAAUUUUUUUUUGCAUUCCUCAACUUUACCACUCUUUUGCUUCUGCCCCAGCAUUUUUUUAAUGUGUUGCAUGCACCAAAUCCAACACGAGAUAACCCCCUUCCCCCCAAAAGAAAAACAAUCAUGUUCAUUCGUUUACAAUAAAUAUCUAGUCUUUGUAGUAUGUUCAAUUGAAGGUUGAAAAGGGAAGUCAUUGUAUUUAGUUUUUAUUCACAAUCCAUUUUACUCGCGUAGCAACUUUCUUGGAAUUGUGGUUUGUAUGUCACAUUUUACAUUUAAAGAAUGAGUGUAUUUGAUUACCCCAACUAUAAAAUAUAACGCUAAUAAUAAUGAUAAUAAUACAAUUAGCUAUAGAUAGCAUGAACUAUUAGCGAAUCUCAACUUUUGGCUAUGACCUGAAAUAAUAAAAGCUCGUCCCCACACCUCAACAUACUUUCUUGGCACCAAGAUGCCACAAGAUGGCGCCAAAGCAAUACUUCCUGUAUUUACGAUUAAAGUUUUGGUUUGAGGAUAGGUUCCCUUCUAAAUGAGAGAAUAUGGUGAGGAACAUUGUAUAGCGAUGAGGAAGCGGCGAAUGAUUUUGAACACAGGAAUGCCGAGUUAGCCAACACAAAAGAGAUGACGCCGCCGUGUAUUAGUUUAGCUUUAUGCAUGGUGCUGUACCUCUUUAUUUGACUUUUCAGUUUGUCACAAUUUAUUCCCGGCAAAGCAUAAUCCCAUAAUAAAGAAUCAAUUAGGAUUAAGAUCAAAUAAAACAUUUUAACAUAGACUUGCUCCAAAUGUUUUGCAAUGAUCAAACGUAACCAAGAUCAGGACUCUCGCAAUAGAAAAAAGAUGUAUAUGUUUGUUAUAAAAUAUAUAUAUAUAUAUAUCGAUAUAUAUGUACAUAUAUAUAAAUUUCUAUUCAAAUAUAUAGUAAAUAUAUGACUAUUGAGAAGAAAAAUAGCUAUUAAAGCCGUUCAAAUUGAAAAUAUAUUCAAAAAGAUCACAUGACAAUCGCUCCGAAAGAGAAAAGAAAGAAAUGCGAGUGACUUUAACGGGUAGCACAAGUGUCCCAGCCGAGACGGGGGGAGAAAAAUGGAAGGAUGUUGAGGCGUUGCCUUCUGUCUCUCCUCCUUUGCGAUUCAGGCUGCACGUGGACGCGGCUUGGAAGAUAAAGCACAGUCAGGUCGUGGUGUGAGAUUGUGUUGCGACGUGGAAAACAAACCGUGUGUGGUAAGCUCAGUGUUGCGAAAGAAUGAAAAUGUGUGAAAACGAGCAGAGCAUACGCUGGAUGGAAAAUGUCGACACCUUUGUUCAAAUGCCAAGUUUUUUGUGACACCACUUCAUUCAGUUGCACUGGUUAGAGGUAACCUGGCAAGACCCAAUUACAACAAUGAAUGUCUGACAAGACGAGACAGAGUACAUGUGAGUGUGAGGGGCAUGAUUGAUGACCAUGAUACCUCCCCCCAGCCCCUCAAGUCUUUGUUUUACCCCUUUUACCAUUUAAGUGCAAAUUCCGAAUAUGAUCAUAAAUGUGGCGGCCCGGGGGUCCAGUGGUUAGUGCGUCGACUCACAGUGCAGAGGUCAUGGGUCCAAUCCCGGUUCCGGGCAUCCUGUGUGGAGUUUGCAUGUUCUCCCCCUACCUUGUGUCGAUUUUCUCCGGGUAUUUCGGCUUCCUCCCACAUUCCAAAAACAUUCAUGGCGGGCUGAUUGAAUACUCCAAAUUGUCCCCAGGUGUGAGUGUGAAUGGUUGUUCGUCUCCGUGUGCCCUGCGAUUGGCUGGCAACCGGUUCAGGGUGUCCCCUGCCUACUGCCCGAAGACAGCUGGGCUAGACUCCUGCGACCUUUGUGAGGAUAAACAGAUUAGAAAAUUGAUGGAUGGAUGGCUAUAGGUCACAUUGUUUAUUUCCUUCUCAUUUUUUUUAUAUCACAAAUGCCUGGCAUUUGAAUAGAGGUUUGUAGACUUUUAUAUCCUCCCGAUAGUAAGUGAGUGAGUCUGUUGUAAUUUGUUGAAUUGUUCCUUUGAAAGUUGUGUUCACCGAUUUGAUGCCAUCACGCCCAACUCGACUAUUUCGGCCUUCCACUUCGUCAUGUACGUUUUGCAGAAAACUGUAACUGUAGCUGGCCUGUUUACUUUUCUAUCACACGCGUAUUGGAGGGUUGUGGCUAAACAUGCGGGACCAAUCAAGUUGCCACGAGACACUGAUAUUAUGUCAGUUUGCUCAAAGUAAAUCCAACGUCUCCUAUCGUAAAGUCUGCCCUCUUAGAUUCAUAACUGAACCAUAACUUCAUCUUUAUCUUUUAUUUUUACAGUCAUUGUACUAUAUGAUGGAUUGUCGGUGUCUAAUGAAACAUUUACAGCCGUGUUUCCCAACCAUGAGCACAUUGCAGGGGACACGUGGAAGUCUUGAAAAAUAUAUUUCCCAGAUGAAAAAUCUGUGCGGAACAGCUGAGCCAAAAAGCACAACAGGCGCAUGUCAACUCAAGUGUCUCAUUAAAGCUCAAAUGACGGAUGAAAAGAAAGUCAAACUUCAAUUAUUAUGGGUCUGAAUACUAUUCUUGCUCAGUGUAUUGUUCCUUACGUUGAAAGUUUAAGCGCCCGUUUGAAGGUAACUUUAUUCAAAUGAGCAAGUUUUUGUCCUAAAUAAAAGAAGAAUUAUAUACAACGAAGGCAGGUUUAUUUUUAAUUUUAUUUUAAUUCACAGCUUAAGAGUUAAAAAGAAGACACUGCUUUAGAGUUAAAUGUUCAUGUUGAGGAGGAAAAAAAAAGAUUUCCAUUUGGUAAUCAGUUGUGUUACAUUCUACCUUGGGAGAAUCACAAGAUAUGUGUGUAAUGCGGUAAUGACAAAAAAGCUUUGGGGUACACAAACACAAAAAAAAAGGAUGGUCACCAUUGAUGUACAGUGUUUCCCAUAUUUAUGUUGAAAUUAGUUUAUUUUUAUUAUUUUAUUUUGUUCCUUGAUCCCACCCCCCACUCCCCAAAUGAAUCAAUAAAAUUUGCCUUACAAAACAUUGAAGCGCUACUUUAAAAAAUGAUUUAUUUUUAUUUAUUCCUGUAGCCCGGUAUUUCUCGGUACAUGCAAUCGUGGUAUGAGGACUCCCUCUAGUGGUAGAAGAAAGAAAUAAGGAAUUUAAAUUAUGAUUAUUAUUUAUUUUUUAAUCCAGUACAGUGCAUUUCUUUGGUGGUGUUCAGUUGUAUUUAACCUGUAAGUACAAUGCGUUUGCAUUUAAUCUUUAAAACGUUUUUAAAAUUAUUUUUGUUUUUAAUACAGUGUCAUACAUUUUACGUAAUUAAAUUGCCAGGUUUUAUUUCUUUUCUUCUACUGGAGCGCAAUGUUAAUGUUAAAAUUCUGCAUUAUGUUGCAUUGCAUAUAGUCUUUAGAAAUAAAAAGCAAAUAACUACCGUCAUUCCAUUCGUGAUGGUGGUCUACCUGGAGAGCGAGGAAUUGUGGGUUUUUUUGAGGUGGAGCUUGGUGUCAAAAAUUUGAGAGGCACUGAUGUCGCCGUUUUGGAAGCAAACUUUAUGGAAUCUGGAUUACUGUUGUACACCAUCUGCUGGUAAAAUCUGUUCAUAUCGCUCCAACAAGAAAAACUCCAUGAUCCAUUUGUAAUGGCCUAUGGAAGUUUUAUCACUGAACUGCUGCAUGAUUGGCCAAAUUUGAUGAAAAUAUUCAUGAAGCUCAUUUCUAAUACAUUUUUCCAUUUACAGUGGUCCCUCGUUUAUCACAGGGUUACUUUAAAAAGAAAAAUACAAUUAUGAUACUGUUUUAAGGCUGUAAACCUCACCGUUAACAUUUUCUCACAUUUCUCUCUUGAUUAAAGCUCAAACCGUUGCAAGAAAACUAAGUAGACCGUAUUAUUACUAUUAUUAUUAUGAAUUGUUUAUUGUGCAGGAUACAUAGCAUGGUGUCGAAGGAUUCAAAUUGGUCGAGGGUACUUCAGCCAUUCAGGAUGCCAGAUGCAAUGCGGAUUCCUACGCUGUACAAAAAUAGCAUGCAAAAUUGCACUCGGGAAAAAAAAAUCGUCAAUAUAGCGAGUCCGCGAAAGGUCAACCGCAAUAUCACGAGGGACCACUGUAAUCGACCGCAGGAAUCACUUUUCUUCCAUUUUCCUCUCAACCGUGGCCUUGACAUGUUUUAUUCUCCUGACACAUGCAUGUCACAGGGUGGAUAUUUCACACGAGGGACACACUUUGAACUUUGACCUGACCGAUUUGAGGUGUAAACUUGGCAUCCCCAUGUUUGGCUUAACCAAUGAGAGAGACCUCCUUCCCACUGCUAUACAGUCUGACAUCGUUUCAUUCCAUCAAUAGAAACCCUGUGUACAUAGGAAAGUGUUUUUGUAUAAAUGAGUACUAUUUUCAACAUCACUAGAUACCAGGGCACAAUGUAAACUUUAAAAUGAAGUUAUUGUAAUGAAACAAAUGGACUUGAUGAAAAAGUAUUUUAAAAAAGUUAUAGAGAAAUUGCUUUAUCUUGAUUUAUUGAAGCAAAUCAGGGUGGGCCGUGCACAAUUCAAAUAUGAUUUCUUCUUUUACGGGACCUUUUGUCGCAUUGUCUCCUUUGGUUUUUGUUUCGUUGAAGUUGGAAUCCCACUUGAGGACAGAAGCAUUUGCAUGUUGCGAACAUUCUGCUGGGUGCAAAGUGGCAAAUGCUGAAACAAGGGGUCAUGAAAACACUUUCAAAAGACGCUUGUUCCUUAAUAUUAAUUUUGCAAGCUAACGUUUAAUUUGAUUUGCAAUUGCUUGUGUUGAAAUCAACAUUUUCUUUUUCUAUGAAAAUGUAAAAAAAUAAAUAAAUACUGAACACCUUGUGCAAUAAAGCUAUCUUUUUAUGAA